AUUCUUGUUUCCAUGUUUCUGUUUUCAAUUCAACUCUUCUUUGUUAUAUUUCUUAUUUAAGAUUUGUUUUUGAACUUUUGAAUCUUAUUGUUAUUUUCUAACCGGCGAUAUCAAUAUUGAAAAUAUUACUCUUUCUGAUAAAGACAUUGAUUCAGUGCCUGAAGUAUUUGUACUUUUGGCGACAAACUGAUUAUUAUUUCAGAUAAAUAUUAUGCAUAGAUAUAAUUGUAAUUUAGAGUCACAAAGCAUGUUAUAAUACCUAAAUACAAUAAUGAAACUCAUGUUAUGAAGGCACCCAAUUGAGUCUCACCAGAGGUACCUAUAGCCUUUUUAUGGGAGAAUUUAUUAUCAUAAGCAAUGGAAUUGCUCUAUUAUGUUUUUUACGUUAUGCUUUUCUCUUGUUUACGCCGUGGCAUUAGGCCAUCGGCCCAUAUGCAUUUUCCAAUCUCUGCUGUUGGGUGUGUGGUGUAGAUGUACAAGGCUCAGAGGAAUGCUGUUCUAUGUAUCGCUGCGUGCCUCCUCUACUGGUGCAUCUACCGUAUUUCCAAGUAUUACACGGAGAUUCAAAGGAUGGAGGAGGUCGAGAAGCGGUUCAAGGACGAGUAGAUUUUCUGCCAUAACCAGUGGAUUGACAAGGCUUAACGGAAGAGCGAAGUUUUCUCUAAUGAUAGUUUGUGUAUCUAUGACUGCUAUUUUCGCAUUUUGCUCUAUAAGCUUUAAGAAGCACUGUGACGCAAAUAUGAAUGAACAAAUCGAUGUUGAAUGAUUAAUUAUCCAUCCGAGACGCGUUCAUCAAUCAAAUAUACAUUGACUUUAAUUAA